GAGCCCCUCGACGGCCGCAUCGGCGUGGCGAUCCAGGGCGGACGGCGCACGGUUAGCAGCCUGAAGCACGAGCGGGCCUUCUCCCUCGGCUGGCGCGUGGGGGACGUCAUCCUGGAGGUGAACGGCGAGCCGGUGCCCGACAACGAGGCGGUGCGGGCCGCCGUGAGGCGGGCGCUGGACGCCCACGCCGCCGAGGGCAAGCCGCUGCGCUUCAAGGUCCGGCGCCCCGUGCGAAAGCAGGAAGCUCCCACCAAGCCCGGCAUGCUGCGCAUGACGGUGGGCGACGGCGGCGGCAUCGCCGUGCCCAUGGUAGAGUUGUUCAGAACAAUGCUGUCCGACUUCCACGUGGUGCUGGUCCUUGAUGGCAAGAUCAAACUCCCGAACAACAACUUGUCGGCCAGGGCGAUCAAGCUCCUCGAUGACAGAGGGGCAGUGUACACGGGGCUCGACGCCUCUGACGAGAGGUACAACCCUGGCCUGCGCGCGGCCGUGGAGGAGCUCACCGGCGAGUUUGCCCUCCCGCAGCUGUUCGUGGCCGGCAGGUACGUGGGCAAUGCGUACAAGAUGGAGGAGCUCGACGAGCAGGGCGAGUUGGUACGAGGUGGAUAA